UGAUGGAGUCUGUGUUCAUUUGGAGGCGUGUUUUUGAACGGAUUGUGUGGAAUGCGCAAAGCAUUUGCCGCUCGUCUGCGGUUUAACAUCACUUGCCACAAAAUCUGUCAGGGGUGCGUCGUACGGCUCCACAGACUGGGCUGCAGCGCGUGCAUGGGUUUCUUUUCCAGUAGUGCAACAAGUUUGCAGAGGGCUACUGAAAUCAGUCACAGCUCACACUGUCUCCCAGUGAACGAGCGCGCACCGGUCGGGGAUCUCAGAAGCGCGCUCCACUGUUACCAACGUCGCCGUACAGUCUUUCAGAUAUAAAUCGAAACUAAAUAGUGACAGAAUAUUUUUUAUUCUCCUCCCGUCGCUACUGGUGACUGCACUUUGUAGUACAGGGUCGAGAAGGAGUCAUGAGGGGUCUAGAGGCAAAUAAGGAGUCCCGGAGCGCGGUGAAAAUGGAGAGCGACCCCGGUGCUGGAAAGCGGCGGCACUGUCUUAAAGCUGCCGUGGAUGUGAUACCGUUUGUCUUUUCUGUCGUGUCCUUUGCCUUUUGCUUUUUACUGAGUGUUCAGACCAGUGAUAUUAAGGACAGAGUUGUGGAUUUAGAAAGUGGAAGUGGUGCGCGCCUCCUAAGUCCGUUUAAUGGACUCACCAUGGAUCAGUUUAAUGCAAUGGUACAGGAGAAAGUGGACACGCUACUGUCACAGCGCUCUUAUGAACACUUGGCUAGAGUAAGGACUGUCCGGGAAACCUCACCAGACUGCAACUGCCCACCAGGUCCACCUGGAAAAAGAGGAAGAAGAGGACGCGACGGAGACCCUGGACCUCCUGGCCCACCUGGUCCAAAAGGUGAAAAGGGCGAUCAAGGCGAUCAGGGACCUCGGAUGGUCUUCCCUAAGAUCAAUCAUGGCUUUCUUUCUGCUGAUCAGCAACUCAUUAAACGUCGGCUCAUUAAGGGUGAUCAGGGUCAAGCCGGCCCCCCAGGACCUCCCGGACCUCCUGGCCCUCCUGGCCCCAGGGGACCUCCGGGAGACACAGGAAAAGACGGCCCAAGAGGAGUUCCAGGGCUUUCAGGAGACCCUGGAAGUCCUGGUGAGUUUGGUCAAAUGGGACCUGAGGGCCCUCCAGGACAGAUGGGUGCAAUUGGCCCGCCAGGUACUGAUGGAAUAAAGGGAGAUAUGGGUAUGCCAGGAUUAGAUGGAAUCCCUGGCGCCAAGGGCGACAGAGGUGAACGGGGUGAAAAGGGAGACAUGGGAGAGGAUGGGCCGAAAGGUGAAUCCGGAGAGAAGGGUGAUGCCGGCUCAUCUGCUGCUGGCAUCAAGGGUGAGCCGGGCGAGCCAGGACGAGGAGGACAUAAGGGAGAGCCAGGACUUCCAGGGCUGCCUGGACUCCCCGGGAUUAAGGGUGAACCUGGUUUCUAUGGACCUCAGGGUGAGCCUGGACUGCCCGGCCUGCCAGGCACAAAGGGAGAGAGAGGAGAACCAGGACCGCCUGGUAAAGGUGAACGUGGAGAGACAGGUCCAGCAGGAUACAAGGGCGAGCCGGGGGAGCCGGGUACUCUAGGCCCUAAAGGUUACAAGGGGGACACAGGAGACAAAGGAGAUGACGGCCAAGAAGGUCCGCAAGGUCCACCCGGAGAUAAAGGUGACCAGGGUACAACUGAAAUCAUUGACUACAAUGGAAACAUCCAAGAGGCUCUUCAGAAGAUAACCACUAUUACAGUUACGGGUCCUCCGGGACCUCCCGGGCCGUUUGGACCAAAGGGUGUAAAGGGUGAUCAGGGUGGUCCUGGCCUUCCGGGCCUGGAUGGAGAACGGGGUCACAAAGGCUCAAAAGGUGACAUGGGAAUUCCUGGAAUAUCAGGAGAAAAGGGAGCAAUGGGACUUCCGGGCUUACAGGGUGUGAGUGGUCUGAAAGGAGACAAAGGAGAUGCCGGGCUCUCUGGUCCUCAGGGACCUUCAAUCAUUGGGCCCCCCGGUGCACUGGGGCCUCAUGGACCACCUGGACCCAUGGGUCCUCAUGGAUUCCCUGGGCCAAAGGGGGAACCAGGGUUGCAUGGUCUCAAAGGAUUGCGUGGGGAGCCCGGGCAUAAGGGCGACAGAGGACCCCUGGGUCUCCCCGGUGUGGAUGGACCAGUCGGUGCAUCUGGUCCAGCGGGUCCAAAGGGAGAUAGAGGUGAAAAGGGGGAUGUUGGCGAUCCUGGACCCAGAGGGCCGUAUGGGUUACCUGGAGCUGCUGGAACACCAGGAAUGGAUGGGUUGCCAGGCUUAAAGGGAGACAAGGGCGACGAGGGGGAAAGAGGAGAAAAGGGUUUCCGGGGCUUAAAGGGUGAAAAGGGAGACCCAGGUCAACCUGGUUUGGAUGGGCUGGAUGCCCCGUGCCAAUUGGGUCCAGAUGGACUUCCAAUGCCAGGCUGUUGGCAGAAGGGUGUCACACCUUGGCUGGUGGCUUGAGAAAGUGAUGGAAAAGUGUGGUUCGCUUUAUUUGUACGGAGGUCGGUGUGGGAUCUGGCCACUUGCGUAGCCUUUUAGUGAAGAGAUGGAGAGAGGAGGCACCCGCUGGACUUUCCGCGGCCACUCAUGGACGUUUUUGCUUGAAACUGAAGUUGGACGGUACGGGACGACGCCAUCUCGGUUAACUCUUCACUCGGGUUUCUGCUCAGCUUGAUCUACUGAGAACGGCAGGAUGGAUUUCUGACUUGUCGGUCAAAUUUGCGUUUGCGUGUAUUAUAGCCUUCGGUGCCUGAACUCGUUUGGUAUUCAUUCCUUUAUUGGGAACGGCUAUACUGUAUCUAUGCUUUGUGCUGUAGACAUGACACUGACAGAGAGUGAAGUUCAAGUACAGAGUUAAAUGUGUUACAUUCUUCACGGCCUCUGAAGGACUUUCAUGUCAGAGGGAGUGUUUUGUGUCUCAGUAAGUACAUACUGUGGUUGUUUAACCUUGAACACGUGUAAAGGUGAACCAUGACAGGUAUGUGAUGGUGUCUGUUCAGCUGAGCUUAAAAAAAAUCACAAGCCAUAUUCACAAAACAUACAGCAUGGUAACAUUUAGCAUAUUUCAUCCCGCUCUACUACAUUCCGGUGUCUAUUUAAAAAAAGCAACCUGUCAUUUUGUUCAUUUUUCUAGGACAGCUUCAAAACCAUUUGACCGUUACUUUGAAACUUUGAAACACAAGCUACAGUAUAUGAAACAAACAUGCAUGACCACAGAUGUUUAAAUGUGUUUAUCUGUAUGGAGAUUAUGAUAUUUUGAGGUGUUUAUGUUUAUGACAAUGAAGAAAAGGUUGGUCACUUUGUUUUGUUUGUACUGAGUUUUAGGCUUAUUGCUAAAGAAGGUUGUUUUCUUUCGUCACAUUUUAUUUUUAUUAUAAUCUGCUGUUUUACAUACUGCAGUAUUUGGGGUUAUUCUUAAAAUGGCAGAUUGGUUUAUAAACAGUCAUUCCUUAAGUUGAAAGACCUUUUUCAUACAGUGUUAUGUGAUGCAAUUUCAUGUGAGAUCAACACAAAUUCAUUAUUGUACGUACUUUUUUUUUUUUUUUUGCUUAUUCAUUUGCUUAUGAUAUCAGUAAACAUUAGUGAGAUUUGGUGAAGUAAUUUUUUGGAUUGAGUUGAAGGAACCAGUCACAAGUCUCAUUGACAUGUAGCAGUGUUCUGUAUAACAAAUGUAAGAUACGUUUCACAUUUCUUUCUUUCUUUCUUUCUUUCUUUCUUUCUUUCUUCAUUGAAUGUAAAUUAAUAUAUGUAUAGUGGACUAUGAGUGUGCAUUUAAAUAUUUGUUCGUUCGAUUUGAAAAGUGCAAUUUCUCAUAUGUAAUGAUGUAUUGUGCACCAUACAAAAACUCGAUGUCAGUUACUCGGUUACUCAGCAGUAUUGUGAUAUAUGAGAAAAUAUUUUAAUCACUUUCAUUGGCACUGUUGAUCAUUUAGUUAUAUAGUUAAACAUAUGCGGUUACAAAUGCAACUGAAAACAGUAAUGACAGGGCUGGGUUUUCGCAAAUGUUUGUUUGCAAACUGAUAAAUGUUAAACUGCAUGCGUACCAGACACAUCAUUAUUUUUACAAGCCAUUUGUAGGCCUUUUCACAAAUAUUUCAUUAACGUUUGUGUCCAUUUAUUGUUGGUGUUCUUGUAAUGUCUUGAGUUCUUUAAGAGAGUUGUCUUAUGUUUUGUAUAUAAAAGGCAUGGGAGCCAAAUGUGUCUUUCAAACUCAUUUAGUCUUUUGAAGGUUUGCUAUAUAAAAGAGUGUUGGUGCUGAAUGAAACAUUUCCUUGUUUUCCUGGGGUUUUUUGCCAAAAGUUUAUUACAGAAAAUUCCAUUGAUUUGUUUUCCUAAGCGUUGUAAGUUAUGACAAUCUAUGAUUUUCUAAUGUGUAUGUUUGUACAAUGUAUUACCUAUUAUUUUGUUUUAGCGUGUAAAAUUAUUUUCAACCACUUUUUGGAAGAGUAAUUAAAAAAAUUAAAUGACAAAAUGUACAGAAUAACUCUUCCCCGUGUCUGAACAAACACGUACAAAAGAACAAUAAGAUCACUAAUGUGUCUUAUCUGAUUUAUUCGUUAUAGACAAAGAUUUUUAGAAUUUUAACAUCCAUUGUAAUUUAAAGGUACUUCACCCAAAAAUGAGAAUUCUGUCGUCAUUUACUCACCUUCGAGCUGAUCCAAAUCUCUAUAAAUUUCUUUGUUCUGAUGAACACAGAGAAAGAUAUUUGGAAGAAUGCUUAUAACCAGACAGAUUUUGCCCCCCAUUGACUCCCAUAGAAGGAAAAAAUACAAGUGAAAAGUGCCCCAGAACUGUCCUACAUUCUUCAAAAUGUCUUCUUUUGUGUUCAAUAGAACAAAAAAAUCAAGUAAUUUUUCCUACUAUGGGAGUCAAUGGGAGGCAAAAUCUGUCUGGUUAUAAGCAUUCUUCCAAAUAUCUUUCUCUGUGUUCAUCAGAAGAAAUAAAUGUAUACAGAUUAGGAACAACUCGAAUGUGAGUAAAUGAUGACAGAAUUUUAAUUUAUGGGUGAAGGAUCCCUUUAAUCAGACGGUGUGUUGAACAUUAAUCACGCAGUGAUCAAAUCAUCAAAAAUGUACUUUUCAUCAAUCUGUUUUCUUCAGUUGCUCUCAAUUCAAGUACGUUUUAAAAUGUAUUUGUUGUAAUUGGUUUGCCUUUUUGUUAAGUAUUGUUGGGGAUUUGCAACAAGAUUGUUCAUUGUUGUGUGUUUAUAAAUGGCUCUAGAUAUUUCACAUUAAAUACAUGUUACAUGACAGUACUGGAGCCAAAUAAAUGCUGUUUU